AUGAUCAAAAACAUCUUCAGUGAGUACCUGAAGUCGCACGAGGGGCGGCGGACGGACCACGAGGCGCUCAGCAAGGUCGCCAGGGAUUGCAAGAACAACUACACCUCCGACUGGCGAUGGUUCAGCAUAAAGUGCGAGCGCAUAAUUGAGCACGAGCUACAAAAGAAGUCGCUGCGCGAGGAAGACCGGAAGGCCCACGCGUACAGCAGCUGGGUCAAGGAGGCCCAGAACCUCGCGACCUUCCGCUCCUUCUUCCCCAAAAUACUCCUCAGGGUGUACAGCAGAUGUGAUGACCCCAACAAGUUCUUUUCUAAGCUCGUCAUCCAGAAGUUCGACGCCGUCGUGUUCUUCUGCGACGCGAGCGGCUUCUCCAACCUGGCGGAGCAGCUGGACAAGCGCAUCAACGGCACGGAGCUGCUGGGCAACUGCCUGAACAAGUUCUUCAACAUCCUCAUCAAAAUUAUUGACUGCUGGGGCGGGGACAUAAUCAAGUUCAGUGGCGACGCGGUGCUGGUCAUUUGGCCUUUGAGGUGCAGAAGACCACGGGGGGGGGCGGUGCAAAAGUCCGCGGGGAGCGUGUCAGGGGGGGAAGCGCGUGCGGAAGAGUCAGUCGAGAGAGUUCCCCCGCCCCAGGACAGCGCAUCCCCCGCCACCUCCACACGUGCGGGGGAAGGGCCCCUGCCGCAAAGCAGCUCGGACUACUACCCCUCCGACAGCGCGGGGCACAACAACGCGGGCAGACGCAGCGCAGCAAAGAGGCAAAGCCAGAAGGAGAGGGACGCAAAGAAAAUCUGCCUCCUGGCCCUGGGAUGCUGCGUAGACAUACACAAGCUGCUGAACAAGUUCCCCACGCCAAUCGAAAACAAAUACCUUCGGGUGCACAUCGCAAUCACCUACGGCAAGGUCAGCUUCCUCCAACUGGGCAACGUGCUCAACAAGAGAGACUACCUCCUCUCUGGAAAGCCACUAGAAGAAAUAGGAGUGGGGGAGUCCCUGGCCCGAAAUGGAGAGAGUGUCCUAUCCCACAGGUUCUAUAACAAAGUGAAGGACAAAGUUGUGGUGAAAGAAACGGCGAAGAAGAAGUUCCUCCUGUUUGUGAAAAUGAGGGAGGAGAUAGACAUGCGCGAGUUGAAGAGGGGGUACGAGCGGGAGGACUGGCCCGCGUCGAGGGGGCGCUCUGGGGAAGUGCCCAAGGAAGUGCCCACCGAAAUGCCCACAAAAUUGAGCAGAGAAUCGUCCAGAGAAAUUACCGCAAAAUUGCGCAGCGAAAUGGGCGGAGACCCGGCUGGAGAGCCGCCCCCCCCCCUGGCGCACGACCACUUCUGCUCCCUCCUGAAAAGCUUCAUCCCCGACAUAGUCUACCGGAAAAUGUCAAUCGGCUGCAACGUCUUCCUAAACGAAAUUAGGAAAGUGAGCAUCAUCUUCCUUUCGGUAAAAGACAUAGACACCUCCACCAUGAUCGGCGUGUACUCUGCCCAUGGGAUUAUGAAGCUCACGCAGAAGGCAGUGUUCACCAUGGAGGGUACCAUUAACAAAUUUAUUUACGACGAUAAGGGCAUUCUCAUCCUCAUUAUGUUUGGUCUCCCUCCCUUGUACCACUGUGAUGACUCGGUGAGGGCCCUUCUCACUUGCUUCCGCUUAGUAGACGCUUUGAAGUCCCUCAAACUGAAUGGAAGCAUCGGCAUCUCCACUGGCAGAAUCUGGUGUGGAAUCAUUGGGAACAAAAUUAGGAAGGAGUACACUGCCCUUGGAGACUCAGUCAAUGUGGCUGCGAGACUUUGCUGCAAAGCGGGGAACAAAGAGAUUUACGUCGAUGAGAAUACCUUUAAUGGGUGCAAGCAUUUUAUUUCCUUUCAGAAGCUCAUCUCCAUCAAGGUGAAGGGGAAGAACAAGCUCAUUAGGAUUUACUCGCCCAUAGGCACCAUCAACAGGAGGUCUCCCCAGCUCGGCUUGGAGCAGGGCGGCGCGCAUGGAUACUUCACCGAUGAGGAGUUGCAGGCUGGUGCGGAGGAGCCCGCCGAGGAGGGGGCUGCCCCAAAAGGGAGCGACAAAAGAGCGCACCGGGGGAGCGGAAGCGAUAAGAGAACGCAGCGGGGGAGUGGAAGUGAUAAGUGUACACAGGGGGGAAGCAUCCAGGGUGUGCAGCUUCAGAGCAGCCAGGGCGUACAGCUGGAAGGCGGGGUGGACGCCCUCACCGCGGAAGAAGCCACAGAUGUGAGCGAAAGAGCCUACAUGGCCGACGCCCUUGACGCAGCCGACGCCGCCGAAUUCGAAGUCACCGACUUCUCCUUCCUAAACAGGAACUACCUGCUUCGGUACUACGAGCGCACGUUCCGCCGCAGGCUCAAGCGGCUGCUGGGGAAGAAGGACUGCCUAUACUACUUGCGGCAGUGCGCGGGGGAAGACGCGGAGAAGCUCACAGGGAAAGACGCGGAGAAGUUCACAGGGAAAGACACGUGGAAAGAUGCUUUUCACGCCGCUUACGAAGCCACCCCGUAUGGCCAACUGAAGGCCGGCACCCCCCUGGACUACAACACCCACACGGGCCCGCUCCUCCUGCACGAGUACUACGACCCCCUCUACUGCGAUUUCACCCAAAUGCACAACGCAGGGGGAGUGCUCUUCCUGCAGGGCAACGAACACCUCGGCAUCUUCGAGAUGAUUACACUCAUCUCGAGGAAGCUAAGCAACUUCAAAUCGUUCAAAAUAAGUAACAUGCCUCACUCCCUCUACAUUAACAUAACGAAUCCUUUGCUCCCCUGGAAGAUGCUCUGCAACGAUAUGCUCCACCUGUGGAGUGCCUGCAACAUGAGGAAGGCAAACGCGCUCAUGGGAGAUGAAGGCAAUUACAACCUACUGCGCGAAAUUACGCACCCCUCCUACCACUGGUACUUUGGAUGCAUGUCCAGCGUCGUCGACGAGUUGGUUAUCCCCCAGCUGGGGCACUCAGAUGGGGGGAAGAAGCAGCGGAGGGAGCGGCGGAAGAAGGAGAAGAAGAAAACAGACGCUCGUUCGAAGCAAAAUGGAGCAGUGCCACCCCCCACGCAGCAGCCCACUGAUAAAGACACAGACGUGGGGACGGGGGACCCCACUGAUGAACUCACCUGUGCGGACACGCAGGCGCGACAACCGGGGGAAGGCACAUCUAAAAGGAAAAUGAAGAGAAAAAAAAAAAAAAAAAAACACAGCAAUGGAUGCUCCACCAACAGUUGCCCCAGCAGUUAUGGAAGCGGUGGAAGUGAUGAACGCGAUGGACACGGUGAACGCGGUGGACGCGGCGGACGCGGCGGGAGGGACAGAUCCAAAGAGCGCACGAGGAGGAAGAAGCAGAAGAGCAACUUGUGCAGGCGGGUCCUGACCGCCAUCGACCACUUCUUCAGUAGGCCCACGCGGGAGAGGUGGCGCCGCCCUGGGGCGUUUCCCAGCCGGGGCCUCGCGGGGGACGCGGGGGACGCGGGGGGCGCGGCGGAAACCCAGGCCGUUCCGCAGAGGGACGCCCAAUCCGCCGCCCAAACGGCCAAAACCGCCCCCCAAACCGCUCCCACCGCUCCCACCGGGAGCUGCCGCUCCGCAGAGGUGCACCCCGUGUUCGAGGCCGACGCCAAGGACAACCGAAUCGGGAUCAUCAGCUCUAUGGUCUACUACUUCUCCCUGCACGAAUACACAUUCAUCGUGUUUAACUACCGGGCGGGGACCUCCCUAAACAUCACGGGGGACGAGAGCGCGUGGGGCAUCUGCAAGAACAUUGCUAAGCUGGCCAUGUAUAAGCGAGCCAAAAUUUUAAGUAGCCUACAGAGGGGCGUGAAACACUGGAGGAGGCACCACUGCAGGGGGUGUAACUACUGCAAGGGAGUUGCCCAGGUGGGGGCGGCCAGUCGAGGUGAUUUUAGGAGCGAUUUUAAGAGUGAUGUUAGAAGUGAUUUCCAUGGCGAUUUCCAUAGCGACUGCCGUAGCGACUGCCGAAGCGACUGCCGAAGCGACUGCCGAAGCGACUGCCGAAGCGACUGCCGAAGCGACUGCCGAAGCGACUGCCGAAGCGACUGCCGAAGCGACUGCCGAAGCGACUGCCGAAGCGAUCACCGCAAUGGCUGCGCUGGGGGUGGCGAAACCCAAAGGCAGCCAAACAAGCCAGACACCCCCGGCGACAUAAACAUUGUGAAUCUGUUCAGAGAGGAACGAGCCAAGAAGCAACACGCAAUGAAAAGGAAAUUCUACAAAACGCUGUUCCCAAAUAUAAACGAUAACAUCCUGCUGUACGUGGCUGAGCAGAAGAUGAAGGAGCGAUCCGAGGGGAGAGGGCACAUCGGGGGGGAUGCACUCACUGGAGGAGUUACACACAACACGAGUGACACCCCACUUGAGGAAAGGCAGCUCACCAACAGGAUGCACUACCCCAUGCAGGGGAAGAAGUCCCCCCUGUGUGAUCCCACCUUCAAAGGAAAACACAAGCCAUUGAUCUUCCUCUUCGUCAACGGUAUGAAGAAUGACUCUAUCAAAAUCAGAGCCAUACGAAAGAUAAAAGAAUUUGCGGAGCAGUGCAACGGGUACUUAAAGCUGGAGGAGCUAGGUAGGGAGGGUCUAUACCACUUCGUGAGUCUAUGCCUACGUGUGAAGAAGGAAGAGCUAAACAAGGAGCUCAUCGAUUACCUCCACAAGACAUGCUUCGGCAUCCCUAAAUUUGUGCAAUACACUCUCUUCUAUCUGUUAAGCAAGAGGUACAUCAGGCUGUAUAGAUACGCUUGCCGGGUUGAGGCGAGUGAGUCUGCUGGUAAAGCGCCCGUCCAAAGGGGCACCUCCACCAACGGGGCAUCCACCAACGGGGCAUCCACCAACGGGGCAUCCACCAACGGGGUAUCCACCAACGAACGCGACCCCACUGCGUACACCUACAUCAAUGAAGCCACCAAGCAGAUCAUUACGCAGCAAAAUGGCUUCCGAAACUUCCAGUUCUGCGACGAGACCGGCAGCGCUAACGGCAGUGAUGAUCGCAGCAGUGAUGAUAAUGAAAGUGAUAAUGGCAGUAAUAAUGGCAGUAAUAAUGGCAGUAAUAAUGGCAGUAAUAACCCCAGUGACGAUCGCCGUAGUGGCGAUAGUGCCAAUCGAGAGGCCUCGCUCAGGGAACCGCCUUCAAGGGAGAAGCGCAACCCAACCGGGUCCCUCCAGAAGGGGUGCACCUACAGAAUAAGCGUGGUGCGUGACUUGAACUCGGCUCCCUUGGUGCCACGCCUGACGGCCCACUGCAUGUCCCUCAUCGAUAGCCUGAACCAGGAGGAGCUGCUGCUGGCCAAGCUCUGCUCCUUCUUCAAGCAAAAAUUUAACAUAAAAAAAAUGGAGUGCAUAUUCCCCAGAUACAUCUCUCGAUCAGAAUUGAAGAGAACAAUUAAGGAGCUCAUCAAGAAGGGCGUCUUCCAACUCUGCGAGGAGAGCAGAGCGAGCCAACCGCCAACGGACGACGUGAACUCCAUACACAACAUCAAUUUUGUCUACAGGGAUAUUUACAACCUGAUAAAUGACGUCACUGCGAGGAGGCACAAGCACCAUUCGGUGUUCAGGAGGAACUCCGCCACCCCAGACGAGGCACUGUUCUUCUGCAUAAUGAAUUUCUCGCUCAAGAAGGUGCUGAACGAUUUGCUCGAGAACGAAGAAAAAAAGUACAUCCAAAAAAUCUACAAGAAGUAUCUGGACGAGUAG